AUGGUGAAGCCAACCCGCCGGCCAGCCAACGCUUUCGUGGCCGCGGUCCGCAAGAUCUACAACCCGAUCGGCUUCUCCAAGGGCUACAACUUCGUGCUCUUCUUCAUCUUCGCCGGCGCCCUGAUGGGCUUCACGCUCGCCCGGUUUCAGUACCUCGACUACUACGGCGUCUUCUGCGGCGACACGGCCCUCGGCGAAUGCUACUUCUACACUCGCGGCAUAGCCGAGUACGGCCUGCUGAUCCACCUGGCGACCAUCCUGCCCGCGAGCUUCCUGGUCGUGUUCCAGUUCGUGCCCGCAAUCCGACACAAGUUCAUCCUCGUCCACAGGGUGAACGGCUAUGUCAUCCUGGUGCUGUCGCUCGUCAGCACGGUCGGGGCCUUCAUGAUCGCCCGCAACGCCUUCGGCGGCGGGCUCGAAACCCAGCUCGCCGUCGGUCUUCUCGGCAUCAUGUUUGUCGUGUGCCUAACCCUGGGAUACAUCAACAUCAAGCGACUCCAGCUGGAACAGCACCGAGCCUGGAUGCUCAGAGGGUGGUUCUACGCCUCCUCGAUCAUCACCCUCCGCAUUAUCCUGAUCCUCAUGGCCAUGGUCAUCAGCAGCGGCUGGACGGGCGAGUACUUUGCCGUCCGUCAGUGCGCGCAGGUCAACUACACCCUCGGGGAGAGCGCCACGCGGGCAGGGUAUCCCGAUUGCGAGGCCUUCUAUUCGGGCGAGGACCCGUACAAGCAGGCCAUGGUCAAAGCGACCAUGAACGGGGACACCAUGACGGCUGGCGCGGCAAUGGGUCUUUCGUUCGGCCCGUCGAUAUGGCUCGCAUUUGUUCUUCAUGCGGUUGGCAUCGAGGUCUACCUCCGUCUUACACCCUUCGAGCACGACAGGCUCCGGAACGUGUCAUACCAGCGACAGAUCGAAGCCGGCAUGAGGAACCCGGGCAUGGCCGGGCUGACUGCCGACCGACUGGGCGACGCAGUACCCUGGAAGCCGACGAUUAAUUCUGCCCAGGAUGCAGUUCCACUCGAGUCCCAACAAUCUAUCAGCGAGGGAGACGAGACGUCUAAGCAGUAG